AUGACGAUGAUGACGAUGAUGCUGAGUGAAACGAGACGACGAGGCGUCGUAGGGGUCGUAUCAUUGGCGCAGAGAAGCGCAGGUAAAGGCGGCGGCGGAUGUGGAAGAUACGCUUCUUUGUCUUCUUCUUCUUCGCGUUCGCAGAAUUCGUCAAAGUCUUUCUCUGCGAAGGCAACCCGAAGACCAGAGGACGAGAGCGGGAAGAACGACGAGACGAACACUAAUACGAUCGGCAUGUUUUCAAAAACCGCCUCCUCUUCCUCCUCGGUUGCCUUCUCCUCCUCCGCGGGUGCCUUCGCCGGCGGCGAAGAAGGGGUAGACGCGUUUGAAGGACAGGAAGUUAUCGACGCCACGCGAGAAGAAACGGACGGGCAAACGUCGAUUGGGCAAACCGGAACGGUGACUUCGAUUCAACCGGGCGGUUUGCUCGUUUUGGAAGGUUUGCGGUCGAGCGUGCAACUCGGAUCGGUGUUGCGCUUUCCCGGGUUACAAGCGAAGGCGAUUUUGUUAAGUCACAGGGAGCCGAAAUCGUUCGCGAUGUUAGCGACGAAGUUGGGCGCGGUGCACGUGCCGGAUUCGGAUAACGUGGCAGAGAUUAAAGUCGGGGACGCGUUGGAGGUGGAGAAGAUGGACGAGGAGAACAAGAAAAGUAAAUCGAAAGCGUUUCAGAUUCCGCCGGAGAAGGAUUUGAGAGGAAGAAUUGUUUCCGCGUUGGGGGCGCCAACGAGCGCGAGCGGUUUUCAAUCCAUCUCGGAAGCGUAUUUGAGCGAACAAAGUGGUGAGAAUUUAGUCGCGGAUCCACCGCCGGUGGACGCGAGGAAACCAAUCACGACGCCUUUGAUUACCGGCGCGUCCGCGGUGGAUGUUUUGACACCGAUUGGAAGAGGACAGUGUUUGCUCGUUUCCGGCGAACCGAACACGGGAGUUUCUGAGUUUUUACAGAUGUCCGUGAGCGCGCAAAAAAAGAGCAACGUUCGGUGCGUGUACGCCGCGGUGGGUGCGAGUAAAGAGAAAUCGCUAGAAAUCGCCAGAGCGCUCAACGUUUUAGAAGAGAAAAAUACGAACACAUCGACAACUGUAGUGACAGUUUCCAAAGACGCCACAAUUGCGGAAAGAUACGUCGCUACUUUAACCGCUUUCGCUAUCGCGGAAGGCGCGCGUAAAAGCGGCCAAGACGCGCUCUUGUGUGUCGACGAUUUUAGCGGGAUGACAGGAUUCGCGCGAGAAAUGGCCGAACUCGCUCCGGAUGCAAAAUUAGACGACGAAUCCGACGAAAACAAAGAAGAGAUUGAAGGAAUGUUAGUGAGCGCCGCCAUGGCGGAGCGCAGACGGUUUUUAGGAACGACUUUACAAAGAGUAGGUCGAUUGAAUGAUAAAUUAGGGGGUGGGUCGAUCACGUUGUUAGGAGCGAUGACGCAUCCAAUUGGCGCGUACGACAAAGACUAUACCGGUUCUUUAAAUGGUGAAGGAUCGAUUGAUUACAUGCAAAAAGCGCGAGAAACGGUUGCAAACUUCGAGAGCAUGCCAGAAGCGUUGCAAAAGAAGCUCGCGGAUGGGUUGAAAAAGAAAGGCGAAGCAGCAUCGCAAGCGUCGAGCAUUACGAAUUACGCCAAACGCAACAAUCAAACGAGCGCACCGGAAAAUGCGUACACGCAACCGCGUCCGUUGGUUGAGGAGUUUAUGUCCAUCACAGACGGGCAAGUGUUUAUCAAAGAUUUCGAUCCUGAAACAGGAUGGAUUUGGGAUCAAAAAAUGUCCGUCAGUCGCAUCGGCGCGCCGGGGCAAGCGCAAGCGUUUAAAAAAAUCAACGCGUUAGAGCUUCGUUUACAACUCAUGCAAUCCGACGACAUGUCUGCGUACGGCAAGUCUGGCGAAGAGAAGAGAAAGUUAAACGCAAAAUCCGACGCGGUCGGGUUAUUUAUGAAACAAACGCCCGGUGAGGUACGAUCGAUUGCUGAAUCGUUCAUAGGCGUUUACGCUAUGACGAAAACCUCCUUCGCGGAGAGAGAAGACGUAAGCGGAGCAAAAAUGCUAGAAUUUGCCAACGCGUGCAUUGUGCAAGCGAAAAGUAAUAUUGCAGACGUGGUAGAAUCAAUCAAUGCGAGUUCGAUUGGCGCGUUGAACGCGGCGGAUGAAGGCAAGAUCGCGGCGGUUGUCAAAGAUGUCGCGGCUAAGAUGUUUUAG